AUGGAUAGCCGGCGAAAGACAACCGCUAAGGCACGUGACGAAUUAGUAGAGGUCGCUACCAAUUCGUACUCCACAACAUACGCUAAGAACAACGCGGCCACCAAGGCGUGGAGGGUGUGGACCAAGUUCAAGGAUGGGGCUGAACCAGCUCGGCCCCCCAGGAAGCGCCUGUACGACAAUAUCGACCUAGCUCCUACAGAAGUGGAAGACACGAAAGUGACCGAUAAGGCAGACAAGCCAAAACAGGGCCAAAAUGAACUCGACCUGCUUCGAAGCGCCGCCUGGAAUCCCGACGAUGGUGAGAUAUCAGCAAAUGAUGAUCCUAUUCUACAAGCUCUUCAGCAUGCAUCAACCGGUGGGGCCUCGCUACCAACUGGAAAAGACAAAGAUGCACAGAAAGAUGAAGGGAAGAAAGAUGACGCACCCGAUGCCAACCAGAGGGAGAAUCCAACAAACGGACAAAAUUGGCUCGACACCACCGCCCCCCCUCUGUCGGACAUCCACCGCAUCUUCGACUUCAUCACCGAACAUGCUGUCAGCCAAGGUCUGCUCGAGGCCUGUGAACCCUUUAAGGAAUGCGGCAUUAGAGUCCUCACCAUGUGCUCUGGCACCGAGAGCCCAUUUGUUGCCAUGGAUCUUGUUCGAAAGUCUCUGACCUCCCGAGGAGACGGUGACAGAUUCAGAUAUCAGCACCUCGGGAGCGCCGAAAUCGAACCUCCGAAACAAGCCUUCAUCGAACGAAACUUUAGUCCACCCGUCAUCUUUCGGGAUGUGACUGAGUUCGGCCCACAUGCAAAAAAUCCAGAUGAUGAAGCUUGCUGGCCGGUCAACGCGUAUGGAGCGCGCCAAAAGCCUCCUGGCGAUGUCCACAUCUUGAUCGCUGGUUCGUCGUGCGUGGACUACUCUGCUUUGAACAAUUCUAAAGGAGAAUGGAAAGGCGAGCGCGGCGAAGGCGAAUCAGCAAAGACUAUGGAUGGUAUUGGUGCCUAUGCCAAGAUGUACAAGCCGACCAUCCUCAUCAUUGAAAACGUCGAAGGGGCUCCAUGGGGAGAAAUAAAAACCUUCUGGGAGGGAAAAGGCUACGAAUCUGUAGCUGUAAAGCUGGAUUCUUUUGAUUACUAUCUUCCACAAACACGUAACCGAGGGUAUUUACUCGGCAUACACAAAGAGCGAGCUAAAGAGGUGGGAUUCGAUAUCGAGAAAGCUCACAGAGAAUGGGUCAUGCUGAUGGCCAGUUUUCAACGUCGUGCUUCGUCGCCAUAUUCCGACUUCACCUUCGCCGACGACGACCCCCGUCGACAGCUUGGCCAGCACACUCUCGAGGACAACAGAUCAAAGGGGGUUUCGACCGACUGGGUAAACUGCCGCAAGAGGCAUGUGGCCGCACGCGUCAAGGAUGGGCUGGGAAUUGGGACGCCAUUCACCAAGCGCCGUGGAAAUACCGAACCAAAACUUGACGAUUACGCCGAUCAAAGCUGGGCAAUUCGCCAGAGCAAGAGGGUUCUGGAUGUUCUCGACAUCCAUCUUCUCUAUAACGUUGCUCGGCGUGACUUUGACAUGCGAUACAAGCACAGAAACAUCAAUAUCUCUCAAAAUAUCGAUCGAGAUACAGACCGUCGCCAGUGGGGUGUUGUUGGAUGCGUUACGCCAUUGGGCUGUUUGUUCGACACCCGACGAGGUGCUCCCCUGUCUGGGCUCGAGCUACUCUCAUUGCAAGGAUUCCCGAUCGGAGAGCUUGACUUGGGAAAAAACACAUCAAGGCAGCUUCAGGAUCUGGCUGGCAAUGCAAUGUCGACCACAGUCAUUGGAGCAGCAAUUCUCAGCGCUAUCAUUGCCUGUCAUAAGAUUUCGGCAAAGGAUCCCAGCAUAUUUCCGGCGUACGGUGACGAGGCAAUUGGCGAAAGACAUACACCACGCGAUUGUCUUUUAGAAGAAGCCAGCGCUGUCAAGGACUUGAAAGCAAAGAUCAAUCAGGACAAUUUGAACUACAGCGUGCAAAAGUGGACAAAUGCUACCGGUCCCGAAUCCUUGGACGUGAUCAUUUGCAAGGCUAUAACCCUCCAACCGUUAUGUCUUUGUGAGGGCCUUAAUCGACGUACCAGACAUGAACUAUUAUUUUGCCCAGAGUGCUAUUACAUAUGCUGCAAGGGCUGUAAUAGAGACACGCAUGGACACCAGCAUCUAAGCCACUUGAUGAACGCAGGCCAGCAACGUGACCUUGCCAACACAUUUGUGGACUACCUGACUAAAUUGCUUCCUCCAGUCCUGCAAAACCGAUCCCCGGACGACCCAACACAACUGUUCACUGAUGACAUUUUUAAGUCCGCAAGAGACCAAAUCUUGGAAGCGAUCAAAAGUCAGGUGCAAUUUCAGGGCAUCAAAUUUGAAAACUCUUGGAAGGCCGUUUAUGAGUCGACGCAUUGCCGCCUGGAGCUCGAAUUUGUCCAGAAGCGCUAUAUGUGUAAUCCAUGUUCAAGCCACGGGGAACCGCGAUUUCAUCUUGACGCUGGCCCCCAGUGGCUGCUCUUCGCCAAAGCUCCAGCAAAUGAGCCUGCAAAGAGUGCAAUGCGUGACCUGUUUCGAUAUCCGAUGGCAAGAAUGCAACCAAGCAAGACCCUUUUCGAAGGCAUCUGGGAAUACCGACACGGGCAUUCGACAGAUUUCAAGCUUCACAUCACUGGCAAAGGCGGACAAGUUAAGUCAUGGGAGCAGAAUCUAGGCAUCGAAGCCAAACCCUUUGCGACGUUAAACGCGUUCUCGGCUCUGCAAAUCGAUCCUCUGAGUGGUCUCAGGGACGAUCAGUCUUCAGUGUUUGACGGGAUUGUUGGGGAAUACAAGCUACUCCAGAAUUGCCCUGCUCCUAGCGGCACUUUGCACCGAAGAGUGGUCCCGUCCUCAUCUGAAGCACCCACAUUUCUAUUCCUGAAGUCCGGCCCUUUGAACGACCCGUGCCUCGAUAAUGUUGUGUUCUCAACUCAACCAUGUCGGCGAAGCGUCAACGACGAAGGCGCAUUCCUCGCAAGCAUCGACGCGUCCUGGAGACCGGUUGCUACAGCACAAUUAGCCAAGGGUAUGGAAGUCAACUGCCAGUUAAUGGAUAAAUGGACAGAGUCCCCAGAACAGAAGCUGGAGAUGCCUACCGAAGCAAACACUAUCCAGAGAUGGUGUCAGAAUCCAGAUGCUAGUCCGAUAUCUCCCAAGAAGUGCGCACAGAGUUACUCGACGAUUUUGCUCCUGGACUUGAGCUUUGAUACGCGCGCCCAGGAAAGACUACGGUGUCGCCGAGACCUCUGCAUUAACUUAGAACGGCAACCCGAAGCAUUGAGCGAAUUCGGGUGGAUCUUGUCACAUGCAGCCGGCAUCCCUCAACUGGGGAACGGCUGGCAACCCAUUGACGAUCUCACGAUUGAUAUGUGCACCGAAUGUUGCCCUCGGGCACCCCCACUCAGAUGGAUUCUAAAAAGUACCAAGGCCAAAGAAAUGGUUAGCGCCAUGGAGAGUCCAGUCGAAGCUGCGAAUUAUGAGCAUCUUCUGAAGUCAAGACCUAAGCCGGCGAUUGCACUGUUACAAACCCUCGACGACAAAAUCAUGCUGAACAUAGUGGUCAACAUCAAGACACUAGCUCACCGCGCAGUGACGCAGCUAUUCCACCACCACCAGCCCGACUCUGCGUCCAACUCUCUGGAGUGGCGAAUAGAGUUGUAUGACCGAUUUGCUCCUCCCCAAGAGUUUGUCACUCUGGAACUUUCGUCGAACGCGGGAGAUUUGGUUGAUCCGCAAAUAAACGAUGACUUACAUCUAAAGCGCCAGCUGUGGGAUUCCCAAACUCGCGCUCUUGCCUGGAUGUAUUCCCAAGAAAACCAGCCACCACAGUGGAAUGAAACGUCCUUGGUCGAGUCUUGCCUGCCUGCACUAGGGUGGAGAUUGGAGACGAGAGCACUCUUGCCGAAAUUUCAGGUUCGCGGUGGAAUUAUCGCCGACGAGGUCGGGGCAGGAAAGACCACUACAUCUCUUGCCUUGGUCGAGCUAGACUAUGCACGAUCUGCGACAGCAUUCAAAACCAACUCUCAAUCGGCAAAGUUUCACUCCGACGCGACACUGAUACUGGCGCCCAAAAAUAUCGUCAAGCAGUGGGCAUCUGAGCUCGCCGACACUCUAAAUUGGGAAAGACUCGACAGCAGUAGCUCACCCCCAGCGAAUAGCCCGUAUUACAUCAUCGUCGAGACAACAGCACAGCUACAGUGGUAUUCUCACGAGCAAGUCCGCUCGGCUCGACUUAUCCUGGCUUCUUGGGAUAUGUUCCACGAGGUUGCUUACUGGACCUUUUUGCGCAAGAUCGCUUGCUCUCCUUGCAUUCCCGACGACCCUGGUCGUGCAUUUCAGGAAUGGCUAAGCGUGGCUUUGUCAAAUCUAACAUCGUGCAUAGAAGGAAUGAAAAAAGGCGAAAAGGAAUUCUGGUCCAGAUGGGACGAUGUGAGAUCGAAAACGGAGUCUGAAUCAAAAUAUGAACGGUUUCAGGGUUAUGUCUCACGGGCGACGAACAAGGCCGCUAUAAAAGCCGACCGCGAAGCCAAGAAAAAGACAAAAAACGCCAACCGUAAUGAUGAGGAUGAUGAGAUGCCCCAAGACGGCGAUCAGGAGAGGGAACGGGUUCCUCGGAAUCAAGGUCGAAAAGUCGGCGCAAAUACUACCACUAAAAAACCGGCGGCGACAGCUGCAGAAGUCCUUCGCGAAGAACUCGAUACCUUCAAAGGCGACCGCAAAAUACCUGUUCUCCUGCACAUGUUUGCAUUUCGAAGACUCAUUGUGGAUGAAUUUACCUAUGUCCAAGGCGAAACGUUGCUGGCGCUUCUACAGCUCGAGGCAUCGGCGAGAUGGCUGCUCUCUGGGACUCCUCCGAUCCAUGAUUAUGACAAUGUCAACACUAUGGCAAAACUACUGGGUACGCGGAUUGCGACAUAUGACGAGAAGGAAGGGAAAUUCGGAUUUGGAAGGGACCGAUCGAAAAUGAUCAGAGACAAAUCUGACGCACAAGAAUUUCACUCAUAUCAGGAGAUCGCCUCGCCGGCUUACAAGAAACAAGUGUAUGAACUUGCGCAAGAUUUUUCUUCCAAGUUCAUCCGAAAGAAUAAGCCAUCAAAGAAGCGUCCCCAGAUGAAAAGGAUCUUCUACGAAUUCGAGUCCACCGCUUCCGAGUUAAUCACAUAUUCGGACGUUAAGCAAUUGGCAAUGGACCCAGACCGCACAUACAAUAAAAAGACCACCAAAACCACCAAAGUGAAUGGUGACGACCCAAAAGAGCCCGAGAGUAUCCGAGACUUAACGGACUCGGUCGAGCGAACGAGCGGGCCGGUAGAGGCCCUGGUCUGUGCGAGCCUAAUGUUAAAGGAUGUCCAGAACGCCACCAGCGGGACAAGCGGUCAGAGUGAAGACGAGGUGCUAGGAGCCCUCGUAGAGGUUGAACUGCAGAGACUGUCCAAUUUGAUCGACGAACAGAAGGAGUUUGUUCUGCAAAGAGCGCGACUGCUCUUGCAAGUUCUACAAGAACUCUCCUUCCUCAAGAACGCGGUGCCAGGCUCGGCGGCAAGUUUUGCCAGUUUCAUGCAGAACGCCGCCAACGGCAACUUAGCCGACACCGCGGCUCUCGAGACAGUCAAACUCCUCCUCGAGUACUCGCAGGAGAACCCUGUGUCGCCGAGGCGACUUCUUUCAAAAGCCGACGGCGAGGCCCCUUUCACGCUGAAUGGGGUCCAAGAAGCCGCUGUCGGCAUGAAAGAAGUCGACCUGCGUAUGGCCAGGGUCGAGAACCACCUGGAGGUUCUCCUGCGGGGACUCCGCAGAUUCCGUUUCCUGGGUGUCGUCAAGGGCGCCUUCGAGAGCACUUCGCCACCGGGCGAAUGUUCGACAUGCGGCGAGACGCCGUUACACAAGGCAGGGCUUUCGGUCGCAACUCAAUGCGGCCACCUCCUGUGCGAACAGUGUCUCUCGAAGGACUGCUGUGAGUUCCGGGGGGCUGGAGACAUCAUUCCAGUCUCUCUUUUCGAACUCCGCGCGACCCUGGGGGCCCCCGCCUCGGUGGUGGGGGCUAGGAUGCGGCUCGCGGUGGCCAUCGUCCAGAUGGCUACCCAGAAUGGGGACUCGGUCCUGGUGUUUGCCCAAUUCGAGGGCAUGAAAACCGCCUUUGUCAAGGCGUGCCGCGCGGCAGGCAUCAAUUGCCACGAUGGCUACCAGGGCGCUCAGGCGCGGGCGGCUGUGGAAGCCUUCCAGCGGCAGGGUGCUGCCGUCCUUGUUCUCAAGGUCGACAGCCCCGACGCAGCUGGUUGGAAUCUGCAGGUCGCCAACCAAGUCCUCUUUCUGGCCCCUUUGGCAGCGGGCGAGGAGGAGCGCACGGCCACCAUGCGCCAGGCCGUCGGUCGGUCAUGGCGACCAGGCCAGAAGAAGGAAGUACGUGUCCAUCUUCUGGCCGCCAAGGCCACCAACGAGCCUGGUGCGUCAGGGUGGCCUAUUGUUGACCCGUGA